CGCGACGACGGGGAGGACACCGGGAACGCGCGCGAGGGAGGCGGCGGUGAGGCGAUCGGAGAACGUGAUGUCGACGCGGCUGAUGACGAUAUACCAUACGACGUAUACGUUUGUGUCUGAACACUCCUGUGGAUUAACAUUCAGCCUUGUCUGACGCGUCGACGGCGUUUUCCGGCUCACCGGUGGACGGUUUUUCUUGAAUGCGACGCGCGAGAGAGAGAGAUUCCGAUGAUGAACAAUGCACAACAAUCAUUCAUGCGUGUCAGCUGAGUUUUGCUGUGAUUAUGAACCGUAAUCCGAGGAAAAUCUGAUCUUUGCGCGGUUUUUCUCGCUCUCCGAACUGUUGAGUCUUUCCCAUCGCACACGUCUUUGGGAGAAUAAUUUACGUUCGGUAAAUUCAAUGGCCAUCCUUCCAUCUUGAUACGCCUACAAAUAUGGCGUAUCGAGCCAUAAUUGGUCUACAUACUCGUGCGAUUUCACACGCGACGGCGACUGACCGCGACGCAACGGUUUACGAACGACGGCAGAUGCGAGAAAUAUACGAUCCACGGCUUUCGCCUCCGAAGAAGGACGAGAACACGAAAGCGCGUACAUCCAUAGAUUUCGACGCGAUAAGACCGUAUGAUCCCAGCAGUUUCUACGACGGAGAAGACACGAAACGAAAGAAAGAGGAGGAAGACACGAGGAAAAGGCGCAAGCGAGUCGUGCGAGAAGAGGACGAAAGAGAGAGCAAGCAACCAGACCGAUUCUGGAUCAAAAGUUACAGGCAGCAAGAAUUGUUCGAAGCUGUGGAUCAAAGGAGACUUUCGGAAGAUGUGCAAGAGCCCUACAUGUACUUUUGCCGCCAAUUAGAAGAGAAAGGCGGGCUUCGACAAUACGUCGGGGUUCGAAUGCUCGGCCCGAAAGACUUGCGCACGUUUUGGAAAUAUUACGAAAGUCUGAAGGAGCGCCACUAUUACGAACUCAUGCGAGAAGAUACCCAUUGUCAUUUGUACUUUGACGUUGAGUUUUCCAAGGUUUCAAACCCAGACGUCGACGGCGUGCGAAUGAUGGAUUGGUUGGUUCAGCUCAUCGUAGAGGAGCUGAAGGCGACGCCGGAGAUAGACACGUCCAAGUUUGAUGAGCUGGAGCACAUCGUCGAGCUCGAUAGCGAAAGCGAGACCAAGUUCAGUCGUCACUUGAUCAUACAACUUCCUGAUGAUCAAGUCUUUGCCGACAAUUCGCAUUGUGCGCACUUUGUCAGAAAACUUUGGCACACCGUAGAGUCGCGGCGCGGCGAGGACGACCGAUGCGACGCGAUGUUCUUACGCAAAGAGAGAGACGACGUCGAAAAGACCGAGCCGUUCAUCGAUCUUGGUGUGUACACCCGAAAUCGAGUGUUUCGCCUCUACUUGUCGAACAAGCACAGCGAAGAGACGAAUAAACCGAUUCUGAAGACUACCGGACGAUUUUGGAAGAGUAAAUCUGAAGUAAGUUUUGAAACUUUCAAACGAUCGCUGGUGUCAGCGACGUGUUUGAUUUUGGAAGCCAAAGUGAUUCGAUUCGAAGGCGUCACGCAUACUUCGGUAUUGCGCGGACAAGCAUUCCAAGGAUAUCGAACCGGGUCUCACCUAGCGCGCACCGCGUCUGAGUUCAACGGCAACGCAAUCGGACCUUGUCCUCGCACGGCUUCGUUCGUUUGCAAAGACUUUGAUCGCUGGAGCGGUCACGGCGGUGCGGCCGUGCGCUCGUGGAAGGCGUUUCCAGAGUAUGGUGUGUUAAUCCUCAAUCUGUUUGGGAAUCGGUUUUGCGAAAACAUCGAACGAGCGCACAAGAGCAACAAUGUGAUGUUCGUCAUCGAUUUCCGCGAGGACGCGUACUAUCAGAGAUGCCACGAUCCCGACUGCCGUGGUAUCCGAG